AUGGAAGCUAGAACUACACUGAAGAAAAGUCCAGCCACCCAAUGUGUUGCACAUCUUAAGGGAGCUUUGCGACCAACGAUAUGUCAACAACCACAUUUUGCAAUAUCAAGAAGUAGCGAUGUCAAAAACUUGAUUCGACAAUCCUAUCUUAGGUAUUAUUUAAACUAUAAGAAAAGUGGAAGACUUGAAAGCUUGAUGUGCUACAAUAAUGGUGAAUGGUUGGAAUAUCCUAAAGAUGUUGUUGACUUGGCUAACAAAGAUUUUGAAAUGAAAAAGGCAGUUGUAGAAAUAAGGUUAAAUGACCAUGAUCUUAUGCUAGAUUUCUUACACAUGUGUCAGGUGGACUUGAGAACUAGUCUCCAACAACCCAUUGCUUGGAUUGAUGAGGAAGGCAAAUGCUUUUUCCCUGAAGUAUAUGCUACUUCGGAUGAAGAAUCCUAUAAUUUAUGCAAACAUGAGGGUAUGAAAUCACACAUUCAAAUCAAAGUGAAGGGGGUUACUAAAUCAAACUUGAGUGAGUUUCGGGAGCCCAAUGCUUUAGUUAAGUAUACUCAAGUGAAAGUUGGAAAGAGGAAAAACAAAAUGGAUUGUGAAUAUGCUGGUGAAGCUUUUGAGAAAAAUCAAGAGUUGCUUUUUGCUUCUUAUGCUGAAUGUGUACAUGGAAAAUUAGAUCUACAUUAUGUACAAGAGUUAUUUCGUAAUGGAAUGAGUAGUUUUGGCAGUACUGAUUUUGAGAUAGUUGAGACAUACCGUUGCUCAGGUUCAUCAAUGUAA